AUGUCAGCCUACGCGACUUCGCCGAAGGUAGUGACCAUUUUAGAUGACGACGACGAUAUAGAAGACGAGGCGUUCUUCGAUAUCGCCUUGGCAAAGGUUCGAGAGCUCGAAAACGCUCGCGAGGAAGAGGUGAAGAGGAAACGCGAGGACAACGGUGACUGCGGUGAUUUACACGCUCGUCGAGCGACACAGACGACGGCGACGACGACGGCGAUGCGAACGACGAUUACGACGGUACCGACACCGACGUCGAAGAUUCUUUCGAGUGGAGGGUCGAGCGCGCGAGGAACGGAGAGGUCAAACGUGCAAGAUUUCAUUGAGUAUUUACAAACGAGACCGCAGUGCGUUGCGACGACGUGGACGCAGCGGCGCGGAGAGGACUGCAAGACGCCAUCAGGAUUCGCCAUGGACCCCACCCUGGGCGCCGUGUUGGCUCGAUGCGGAGUGACAAAGCUCUAUUCGCACCAGAGCGCGGCGAUCAAAGCUGCACGCGCGGGACGUUCGGUCGUCGUAUCGACACCGACGGCGAGCGGAAAGUCAAUGUGCUACGUAAUUCCAAUCUUUGAGGCACUGAUGGACGAAAAGUCGAAGCAGUCAAAGGCGCUGUUGAUGUUUCCUUUAAAAGCGCUCGCGAACGACCAGAUGAAGAAGAUGCGGCACAUCGUCGAACAGGCACAAAAGCUUAAGACUGAAAUCGACGAGAUGAAGAUAUCUGCGGAGCAUUAUGCUGGGAUCGACGUCAACCGAUUACAGCGUCUGGCGAGCGUGAAGCUCGCGGUGUGCGAUGGCGACACGGACGUCGAGGUCAAGGCGGAGAUAAAAAAACACGGAACGCAAAUCAUUUUGACGAAUCCAGACUCUCUCCACCACGCGAUGCUACCGGCUCACAGGUCGUGGGGUAAAAAGUUUUGGGGAUGUUUGAAAUACAUCGUCCUCGACGAGGCGCACACGCAUACGGGCGUGAGCGGAAGUCACGUCGCGAACGUUCUGCGACGAUUGCUCCGCGUGUGCGCUUCAUGGAACACCGCAGUACGCCCGGAAUUCAUUUGUACAUCUGCGACCAUCUCCAACCCUGUGGCGCACGUCAGACGUCUCACAACGCGCACGCCCGUGUGCGUAGACAAUUCUGGUGCGCCAAGCGGCGAGAAAGCGUUUUUGCUUUGGCAGCCGCCCAAAGUGGACGCUGUCGGUGGUCCGGAGCGCCGAAGUCCGUACGCGGAGGCGGCCGACAUCGUCGCGAAUCUUGUUCAGCGUAACAUUCGUUGUUUGGUGUUUGUGAGUUCGCGAACGUCUGCGGAGACCUUAGCGCGCGACGCGAAGAGAGUACUUGGCAAAUUGUCUGGAGGUAUGGGUAUGGAACUGGCGAAGAGAGUAGAUUGCUAUCGAGCCGGUUAUCAGCAAGCCGAGCGUCGUGAGUUGGAGAGUCGAUUGCAACGAGGUGCCAUCAACGCGUUGGUAUGCACGAGCGCCUUGGAAAUGGGAAUCGACGUCGGUUCCCUCGACGCCACCGUGCACGUCGGGGUUCCAGAAACGGCGUCGGCUAUGUGGCAGCAAGCGGGUCGCGCGGGUCGUCGUCAAGGUGCAUCCGUCGCGGUGGUCAUUGCAAACGAAAAGCCGCUGGACCAUUACUACUGUACUCGUCCGAACGAAUUAUUCGCGAGGCAAUCGGAAGAAGCUCUCGUAGAUCCGUACAACUCGGCGAUUCUCGAACUUCAUCUUCCAUGCGCCGCGAAGGAGGUUGCGCUUGAUUUACGUGGCAACGACGCCGUGCUUUUCACCGCGAGUCAAGAUGACUCUCCGAUGCGGUCGGAUGGAGCGCGCCUUUCGGCAAAUUUUAAGGCGCCGCUGCAUAUCGCCAUCAAACGAGCGCUUGGGACGGCGAGUUCGACGCGCACGUGCCUCUUCAACAAGGCCACGAAGACCAUUGAAUGUCUCCCGACCACGUAUCCGCACAGAUCCGUCAUGCUACGUGGUGUACAGGGCGGCGAACCGUGGAAAUUGAUCGAUACAGCGGGAAAGCUGAUUGAGGAAGUUGCGGGAUAUCGCGCGAUGGCGCGUCUGUACGCCGGAUGCGUAUUCAUAGCGAGACGUGGGCAGUUUUUGAUUCACCGCUUGGAGCACGAAAAACGUGUUGCGCACGCAUCGUCGUAUGAAAAACUUGAGACGACGGCAACUAGAGAGCGUACAGACGUGACGGCGAUGGAACCAGACCCAGAUCAGGGCGUUCCAGAUAUUCUGAAGAAGCGCGUCACCGACGUACGAGUAUGCCUUGGCGACGUGCACGUGUCCGAAACAGUGCUCGGUUUUGUGGUAAACGAUCACAGAACGGCCAAGACGAUUCGCGAAGAGCUCUGGAGAACGCCCGUAGUGGCGGCGGAGUACAGAACGCGCGCCGUCUGGUUUGAUUUACCCGAGGAAUGCGUUCGUCGAGUCGCCGUGGAAUCUCUAAGAGAAGCGACCAUCGGCGUAGCGAAUAUGUGUGGCGGCCUCGUGUCAAGCAUCGCCAUGUGCGACUCAAAUGAUGUCGCGGCGUCUACGUACCUGCCAAAUGCACUGUCAGGAAACGCCAGUGCGCGCGUGUUCCUGUACGACACAACACCUGGAGGCAUCGGACUCGCAGAAACUAUCUUCGACAACAUCGAAGAGUUGUGGCGGAGAGCACUGAAAGCUAUAGAAACGUGUCAAUGCGCGCAAGGGUGUCCUUCUUGUAUCCAAGCAGGCCGCCGCGGUCGCGAGGCAGGGUUCAAAAAAAGCGACGCGAAGACGGUUCUCGAUGGCUUGCUCGGCACGUGGCUGCAUUACUGA